AUCUUGUUGAGCGACAAUUAACUAUGAAACAACUGAGACAAGAAGUUCAACAAAUAACUGGUCAAAAUGGUGCUCGAUUCUUAACUGUUGCAAAUAGAGCGCAGAGAUUAUUGUCUGUGCUUGGAGAAUUUCCAAUUCCUCAAUUUAGAUAUAUUACCCCUAAUUGGUUAUAUCAUUUAACUAGUGUAGACUUUGAUUAUUUUAUUCGAAAAUGUAGAGAACAACUUUCUCAAACUAUGGAGCAUUUCGCAGGAGCUCAAUACUAA